UCUACUGCGGCAGUAUAUAAAAAAAGAUAAUUAAGUGUAUUCCCAGGAAGUAGCUGCUCCUCUACCAAUCACAAACUAUUGAAGGAUGCCUCCUAAGGAUUUUAUCUUGUGAAAUCGUCUGAAUUUCAGUCAGCUCUUUUUAGAAAUGCACAUAAAGAAGAUGAAGGAUAUUGGACAGCAGUUAUAUACUACACAAGUGAAUGGUGGACAUAAUUCCUUGACCAUGUCACCCAAACAACCUGAUGCUAAUGGAGCAACUCGACCAGAUAGACAGGAAGUGCAAACUCUUUUGUGUCAAGGCUCAGAGGCAGAGACUGCCAUGAUGACCAUUGCUACAUGUGUGAAGUGCAAAAGUGUUCACAAAAUCCCUCUUCGAGAUUUGAAAAAGGGGAUAGGGCAAAGCCAGAAGGAAGACAUAUAUGUUUGCUUCAAAUGCAAACUUGGUGUUGCUCCUCCCAAUUUCCAUUUUGUGAACAGUAAUCCCAGUGCUACUCAUGUCGGAAAUAAAACUGAAACCGUCUCAAGUUCUGUCAAUAACAAAUUUAAGGUAAGGAACUUUAAGCCAGGCAAAUAUUAUUGUGAUAAAUGUCGAUUUUCCACAAAGGAUCCUCUGCAGUACAAAAAACACACACUUCAACAUGAAGAAAUUAAAUUUAUUUGUUCUCACUGCAGCUACAUUUCAUAUACAAAAGGAGAGUUUCAGAGGCAUUUGGUGAAACACACAGGCGUAUUCCCUUAUCAGUGUGAAUAUUGUGACUAUGGUGCUAUUAGAAAUGAUUAUAUUGUCAAACACAGGAAGAGAGUCCACGAGAGGGCUGGUGCAAAACGGCCACUCAAAACUACUGCCAAGCCGGAGCCGAAAAGAGCCAGCACUUCAAAACAAAACACAGAGCUUUUGAAGGUUUCUAAUCCAAGGACUGCAUUUCAAAAUAAGUUGUCAGAUCAACUUUCAAGGUUCUCUCUCCAUGCAAAUAAAGACAAAAUGCACAAUAUCAUGUUGUUACCUGAACCAAAGGAAUGCCAAAAAGAUGUAGUGUGCAUCCCAAAUAAAAUGGCCCCGUCUGGGCAAAAUGAAGUCAACCUGUUUGAAAACAAAAAUGUUGAGGUGGAAGUGUUAUCUCCUGCAAAAGAACCAGUUCAGCCAGGUAUGCCAUUAACAGUUGUGGCACCAGCAGAACUAGUUGUCCCUGCAAACUGUUUAGCCCAGUUGAUAGAUGUGAAGGUUGUCAAUGGUACACAGCAGGUGGUUCUGAAACUGUUUCCACUGGAAGAAAAUUGCCGUGAAGCCGGCAGGGGUGAUGGAGAUAAUUUUGAGCAUAUGACUAAAGAGAAGCAUUCAAAUGAACAAGAAAAAAUAGUUUCUGCAGAAAAAACAAAGUCACUGACAAUUGAAGGGAAUGUUGGAAAACUUGUAGGCAUUGAUAGUCUUCAGUCUUCAGUUCAGAAACAAUUUAAAAAUGUGAAAUGGGUAAGGUCUUAUGAUUUUUUCAUGUCAAACUCUAAUGUUCGUAAACAUGGAGAAUGCUUUCUCAAUUCUGAAAAAGUUGAGGAUUUACAGAAAAAAUAUAAUUUAUAUCCACAUAGAACUUCUCUUCCUUCCGUUGCCUUAAAAGGUCGUUCACCAGCAUCUGUAUUAAAAAACAGUGUUUUAUGUGGUCUUGGAAGUGCGUCAAACCCUUUUCCAUAUAAAGCUGCUGUUUGUUUUGCUGAAGAUGGAAGAAGUUUACCCAGUGAUUCACAGCACUUACUCCCUCUUGCUGCAUCACCUGCAACCAUUUCCUUCUCUGGAGAAAAGGGCUUAUUGCCCAUAAGUGAAAAUGACUUGGAAUCUAGAAGUAAGAUCAGUUUUCCUAUAAAAAUGGUUUCCUCUAAUGGGAAGCUGGAAGAUAACCAGACAGAGGAACACAAGGCAGUUUCAAAUAUAGGCCAGAUGUCCUCUCAACAUAAAAGCAAGUAUUUACCCCUAAAUAUGACUGGAGAAGACAGAAUUAGAUCUCAACAGUCUGGGGAUAAGCCUUUGGAAUUAAAGAGUUCCGAAAAGACUAAUGACACUUUUGAUGGCCCUGUCAUCUCAUCAGUAUUUUCUCUAAGUUCUGGAUCUGAAAAUGUCCCUGAGGGCGUUAAAUGGAAUAGUUCAACAUCUAAAAUAAAGUCAAUUGAACUCUUGCGCAGAAAAAUAGCUCAGUUAAUUGAAUCCUGUGGCAAGCCUUCAUCUUUGGCUGCAAACAGUGCACGUCGUCGUUCUGUGGGACAGGCAUCAAAGGUAACUUCAAAAGCUACUCCUGAAGGUAUUCACAAAAUUAAUGUGUCAUUCACUGGCCAUGGUCAUUCCAUGAGUACUCUCCAGAAACCUCAGAAUGAUGGUGGUAUUACCAGUAAUGGACACCUCACUCAUCAGCAAAUGUAUCCACAGUUUGUAGAUGGCAUUGAUGGAAAAACUGAAAGUAGAGUGACCAGGAAGCCCCAUGUUGCUGCUCCAGUGUUGAUCCCAAAAGGAGCUGUGUUGAGGGUUCUCAAUUCCUCUGAGGAUGCCCACAUCAUAGAGGCCACAUGUGAAGCACCUGUCAACAUACCUUGCAAUAAAACACAGUUAAUAAAACCACUUCCAUUCUGCCCUGUGAAACAGACAGACUCAGACAUACAGCCUUUGAGAAGCGAAAGUAGGCCAAUAGACAUGUCCCAAAAUCUUGAGACAUCUUUUCGGCCUAAACCAAGAAAAGAGAGUGCCAUCUGUAGCAUCACCCCUAAAAAAACUGGCCUCCUGUAUGGACAGCAAGGAAACAGUGAAUUGGGUAGGCAAGGGAAACUACUUUCCAGAAAUCUUUCUAUAAGUAGAAAUAAAACCAAACAAGUAAACUUAUCCAAGAAGAAAAACAAGAUUCAGGCUGACUCGAGCCGCUGUCUCAAGGAUCCUUCAAUUUUUCAGGUUGCAAGACAACUUCGAUUAAUAGCAGCUAAACCAGACCAAUUGAUUAAAUGCCCCCGUCGGAACCAGCCAGUCAUUGUGUUAAACCAUCCUGAUGUUGACUCACCAGAAGUGACCAAUGUGAUGAAGGUAAUAAAUAAAUAUAAAGGCAAUGUCCUCAAAGUUGUUUUAUCAGAGAGGACUAGGUGUCAGCUUGGCAUCAGACGGCACCAUGUCCGGCUCACUUACCAGAAUUUGGAGGAAGCCAACCAAAUUAAAAGACAAAUGAUGUUGAAAAUGAAACUUAAAAAAGUUCAUAAAAACAACUACCAGGUGGUGGAUUCCUUGCCUGAUGAUUCAUCACAGUGUAUAUUUAAGUGCUGGUUUUGUGGGAGGCUAUAUGAAGACCAGGAAGAGUGGAUGAGUCAUGGUCAGCGGCAUUUAAUAGAAGCAACUAGAGACUGGGAUGUGCUUUCUUCCAAGGGCAAAUAAGUUAAAAAAUUGUUCUUUGAAGCAAGUUAUUUUUCUUUUAGUUUAUUCUGAUUUGGGCUGCCCCCCACCACCCCUCUCCAGAUUCAAUAGGAGAAAUAUAGACUGUAGAAAUGAGAGGAUCACUAAUUCUUUAAAUCCCCUGUAAGAAUAUUGAGAGCCAGGGGUCUGAACCUGAGAUAUGUGACUGGACCCUCGAAUGUAUUUGAUGUUCCUGAAAUUGUACACAAAAGUUGAUGUAUUUGCAUUUAUCUGAAGAGAGGAAGUGAAAGUUUUAACAGAUUUUCAGUGGGAUCUGAGACCUCUCUUUGUGUAGCACCCCUUUUUCUGAGUAGAUAGAAAUCUCUUGUCAUCCAUCAGAGGGGCAAAUUGAGAAUGUUUUACACAUACUCUUUAUAUUAAUGCUACUGAAGGAUUAAACCUAUGUGUUGGUGUGCACAUCCACUUUGUUUUUGCUUUAACUUGUCUCCUGGACAUUUGAUACAUAAUGGAGAUUAUAUUUUUUACUUUAUUAACUAUCUUAAAUUUGGUUAUAGAAAAAUGGCCAUUCUUUUUCGUCUGUCCCUUGCUCUAUAAUACUCGUAAGUGUUCCACAUAGCACAGAGAGUUUUGCUUUUCUUGGCUGUUUUAAAGAAUGUUUCCAAGGGCUUGCCUGAACUUCUUCAACAACAGGUGUUAGGAGAAGAAAGAAAGCAUUUUCAAGUAUUUACCUUUACUCUGUUUUAAAAUACCUUGAUUUAUGACAAUUGGGUAGAGAACAUGCCUUUUGGGGCAAAAAAAAGAUGGUUAUAGUAAAAAAAUAUCUAAAAUUAAGUCUUCUCUUUGUCCUUAGCUCUCCCAAAACCAUAAAUCAAGUGACCAAUUUAAAAUGUGAGGAAACAGGCAUCUUACAACAUAGAUAAACUGGGGAAGACAAUUCAAGGUGGGCUUGUAAUGAAAGUUGUGAAAGGAGUUUCAUGUGACUUGUUUUCAUUCGAGACUCAUCAUCCGGAGACUAGAGGGAUGCUGCCUGUUCUUCUUGAUCACUGUGGGUCACAGACGCUGCUCCCCAGGGCAGGUCCUAGCUCCUUUUGCCGUUUUCUUCUGAACAGGCUCUCUUGUGCACUAGGACAGCUUCCCUGCUCAUUUCAAUCCCUUCCCUUCUGUGGUGUUGAAGCUCCUUAAGGUUUUCCCUCUUGAAACAGCACCUUUGUGUACUUUAGAAAAAAGCCCACCCCUGCACAGGCACAGCUUUGGGGGCAGGU